AUGUGGGUGCUUCCAUUGAUCUGUCUCCUGCUCGGGUGUUGCUUCGCCGCCCCCAGCGCCAGCGACUCUAAAGAGUCCAACGAGUCCAAAGCCCCCGAGCCCGUCGUCUUCGCCAACUUCCUCAAAGAAGAACACGUCAUCUACACUUCCAAGCAUGAUAUUGUCAAAAUUUUCGCUCCACUGAACCAGUUCCCGAAACACGACUUUUGGUCCGAAUGGACUACUGUUCAUGGCGAUAGCAGCAGCAGUGAAGAGGUCACGCAACCACGUCAACUCUUCAUCGUUGAAGCUGAUGUCGACAACGGCCAAAAAACAGAACAAGGAAUGUACGUGUACAACAACGGUACAGUUACUAAACUGCUCGACAACGGCAGAGAUGCCGUCGCUAACAACGAAAACAUUAUUUACUUAGGAGCUAGUGAUGGCAUUUAUAAAUACAAUGAAGCUGCUAACAAAGCUGAAAAACAUGGCUCCGUGACUGAUAACAUUGUGCAAUUAGCAUACUUUAAUUUCACUAAUUCCAUCUACUAUGUAACUGCAAAUCAUGAAGUGUUCAAGCUUAACGAUGAAGCUACUGCUAGCGAAAAAGUAUCUAAACUCAAAGAUGUGCAAUCUUUAGUUUCUGGUUUCGACAGAAAAGCAUAUUACUACGAUUCUAAAAAGGAUGUGUACGUCUAUGAUCAUGAAAACAAUGGCGCACCUCAGAAAAUUGAAGGUUUACCGGAUAAUAUUGAUACAAUCGCGCUAUAUCCUCCCUUAUUAGGUAUGGAAGAAGGCGCGAAUUUACUUGUAAAUAAUGUUGUGUACUUGAUUAAGCCUGAUGCCACCGCCAGCAUAACUAAAAUCAGACUGGAAAGAAAACCAACUGCUUACGAACCUAAACCAACGUGUCACCAAUUUUACGCUCAAGACAAGAAACUGUAUGAAAUAGAUCUCAUGUCUCGUUUGAUGCAAAUGGGUUCGGGAUUAUUGUGA